AUGUCCACGGUCCCAUCGGUCUUGCGCUCUAUGCCGCCAAAGAGUCGCUCAGAAUACAGUCUCGGCGCCGCCGCUUCAAGGCAACAACCACCACCACCACAACAGCUUUCUUCCACUGAUGACCCCAUGAAGAAGUUCAAGAUCCUCGAGGCCCUGCAGAAAGGUACUGCCCUCCUCUUGGGAGCCUCACAGGGAUCACAGGAAGCAGGACCAGCUUUCCCGAUGGCCACCUCACCCGGCGGAUCCAUCUCCAGCACACAGUCGUUCGACAUAAUGCCCCAGGCGAACCAGACAACACCCGUCCACCUCGCUGUCCAGUGCGCAACUUUCCCUGUGGUCGAAUAUGUUCUCAAUAACACUCCCCAAGUCGACCUCAACGCAAGGGACCAUCACGGAUCGACUGCGCUCCAUAUCGCCUCGUCCAUGGGCCGCUUGGACGUCGUAAAGUUGCUCUUGUCCAAGAAUGAGGUUAAUGAUGGCAUCACUGAUCACAAGGGCAAAAGCGCGAUCGACGUCGCCUCUACCGCCGAAGUGCGCGUCGUCUUGAAAGCCCAUCGCACGGAAUACCUCACUCGCACCACAGCCUUGAUGCACCAGUACGCAGAGUCGGGAGACCUGUCUGCGCUGAUCGGUCUCUUUGACCACCCCCGUGCUGCCUUUGUCCUCAAUAUCAGCCACCAGAACACCGAGACAGGAUCCACCAUCCUUCACGCCGCCAGCAGGCGCAAGGACAUGGCCAUGGUUCAAUGGGCUCUCGAUCAGGGCAUCGACACCCUCCUCCGCGACAAAAAGAAGAAAACCGCUGCAGACGUCACAAAGGACAGCAAAAUCAAGACCCUCCUCAACGACUCUCGCUCCCAGGGAUCGGUCGCACCAUUGAUUGCUACUACACCUGGACAGCCUCCCAGACUUGAAGGAACCCUUUUCAAGUGGACCAACUAUGCUUCAGGAUACAAGGCCAGAUGGUUCGUGCUUGAAGACGGAAUUCUGUCGUACUUCCACAACCAGGAGGAUGCCGGCAACGCAUGCAGAGGUAGCAUCAACCUGCGUAUCGCCAAGGUCUGGAUCGACUCGAACGACAAGCAGAGAUUCGACAUCAUUGGCAAGGGCUCUAUUCGCUACCAUCUGAAAGCUGGACAUGCCAACGAGGCCAAGCGCUGGAUCCUCGCCCUGACUCAGUCCAAGCAAUGGAUUGAGGACACCUCUGGCAAUGAUCGCGCGUCGUUCAUGGAUUCUCGUCAGAGCAUUAACCUGGCCUCCUCGGACAGUAUCCGCACCAAGAGCGGUGCCGAAUCGGUUAUCUCCCGCGGCCGCACUGUGACAAAGGACAACACGAGCACCGCCUCGCUGUCGGUGCGCUCCCGCUCGUCCUCUCUCAGCCCUGAGGGUGUCGCCCCAGAGCAGGUCCAGGUUCCCCACGUCGAUUCGUUUGUCGCCAUGAACAACUAUGUCCAGAACCAGAUUCAGAUGCAGACAGAGCUGGCCGAAAACCUGAUCCGCGUCCAGAGAGCUGCCGAGGUGCCAGAGGAUUCGGAGAUCAUGCGACUUACUUUGGCGACACACGAAUUGUCGCUUGCUGUCAAGGAGUCCAUCUUCAAGCUGCAUGACAUGACACAGGACAGGGAGGUCUACUGGCAGCGUAUUCUGGAGCAGGAGUCGCAGAAGCGUGAGCUCUGGGAGGAGAGUCUUAAGCUUCUGUCGCAGGAGCAAUUGGAUAUGCAGAGAGUUCUCCAGAGGGCCGAGGAGAGCAAUCGCAAGAUGAAGAAGAACCGUUCUGUCCGUUCCAAGCCCAGCACGCCUACUCUUCGCUCCAACUCUAUUUUGGCCUCAACGCCAACAACAGCAGAGACUCAGCAUCAGCAGCAGGUCGAGGUUGACGUCUCUAUUGUUUCCAAGGCAGAGCCUGAGAACGAGAAUGAUUCAGAUGCUAGCGAUGAUUCGGAUCUCGAGUCAGGCGACGAGUUCUUUGACGCAGUGGGCGACGAUGACAUUGUCGACUUUGACGAUCAGGAAGAUGAGGACGACUUCUCACAGACAACUGUGGAUGCAGAACAGGCCGAGGACGGUGCCUCUCGGACUGUUGCCGUUGGCGCAAAGUCCCAUGGAGAACCCUAUACUGCCCCAUCCUUCAAGGGAUACCCCAAGAAGAUCCGCGAACGCCUCCCUACCAAUCAGACGUCAUUGCGCCCCGAUGUGUCACUUUGGGCGAUUUUGAAGAACUCGAUCGGAAAGGACUUGUCCAAGAUUACGCUGCCUGUCUACUUCAACGAGCCCACGUCGAUGCUGCAGCGUAUGGCUGAGGAUGCCGAGUACAUUGACCUUUUGGACAAGGCCGCCCGUCAGCGUGGAGCGACCGAGCGUAUCCUGUUCAUUGCUGCGUUUGCUAUGAGUAACUACUCGAGUACCAUCGGACGUGUCGCCAAGCCCUUCAACCCCCUCCUUGGAGAGACCUAUGAAUAUUGUCGCGAGGACAAGAAGUUCCGCUACAUCUCCGAGCAAGUCUCCCAUCAUCCCCCAAUUAGCGCAUGCUACUGCGAGUCGCCAAACUACAACUUUUACGCAGAGGUUGAUGUCAAGUCCAAGUUCUGGGGCAAGUCGUUUGAGGUUCUUCCCAAGGGAACAUCGCACGUGGAUUUGAAGGUCCCCAAGUCCUAUGCCGAGGGCACCCAAGAGAUUCUGACCGACCCCAACGACGAGAAUAAGUUUAUUGAGCACUACUCGUGGAGGAAGGUGACAACGUGUGUUCAGAACCUGAUUGUGGGCACCCCUUGGAUCGACAACUAUGGAGAUAUGUUGAUCACCAACCACCGUACGGGCGAGACCUGUCUGUUGACGUUCAAGGCUCGUGGAUGGAGAGGUAAAGAUGCGUAUGAGAUCCGUGGAGCUGCAAAGGAUAGUCAGGGCAAGGAGGUUUGGGAGGUUGCUGGACGGUGGGAUUCGAGACUUGUAGCGCGUCGUGCUGGUGGGGGGAAUAGUGGGGAUUUGGGCAGUGAUGCUGUUGCUGAGGGCGCGAUUCAGGUUGCGGAGGACGACCAGGGAGAUCUUGCUGGUCGUGCAGCGUCUCCUAGUGUUUCUUCGUCGCACAAACCGCGGUCAGCGGAAUCAUUGUUGCCCAAGCAGGUCUUGUUACUCUGGAAGCGUGAUCCUGUCCCUUCGACACCUACACCGUUCAACUUGACGCCCUUUGCGAUGACCCUGAACGAUUGUCCGGACGAGCUCAAGAAACAUCUCUGCCCGACCGAUUCGCGUCUCCGUCCUGACCAGCGGGCCAUGGAGAAUGGCGAUUUUGAUGUUGCCAAUACGGAGAAGCAGCGGUUGGAGGAGAAACAGCGUGCCAAGCGUCGGCUCUUGCCUCCUGGUAAAGAGUUCAAACCGCGUUGGUUUACGCGGAAUGCGGCGGAUGAUGGAUGGGACUUUGUCGGUCGUGAUAUGCCUGGUCAACCGCUGGGAAGUGGCGCGGAGGCUGGUGGACGGAUUGGGUACUGGGCGGAGCGUGCUCGUUGUGGUGCUACUGCUGAGCGUCCUGAGCAACUCAAGUGGGACGUUGAGGAUGACGAUAUCUUUUAA